GGCAUUUUCGCGCAAGAGGAAAAAUGGCUGACUGGGUGAUUGUCGUUGGCGGUGGCCUUGCCGGCCACAGUGCGGCCCACACGGUCCUACAAGCCGGUGGAAAGGUGGUGCUGCUGGACAAGUCCGCCUUCUGCGGUGGCAACUCCACAAAGGCCACAAGCGGCAUCAAUGGUGCAGGCACCAAGACCCAGAAGAAGCUCAACAUCCCUGACACCCCAGAUAUCUUCGAAGCAGACACCACAAAGUCUGCAGGCCAAUCGGCUCGUCCACGCUUGAUCCACGCCCUCACGCACGGCAGCGCGCCCGCUGUGGAGUGGCUCCAAGAGGCCUUUGACCUUCAGCUCAACCUCGUUGGCCAGCUUGGCGCACAUUCAUACCCUCGCACUCACAGAGGUAAGGAGCGCUUUCCCGGCAUGAUGAUCACGUACCGGCUCAUGGAGCGUUUUGAGGAUGCCUGCAAGCACCAGCCGGACCGGGCGCGCCUCGUGACCAAAGCCCGCGCGGAGCGCCUUCUGACGGACGAUGCAGGCCGCGUCAUUGGCGUGGAGUACGAGAAGAAGGGCAAGACAUACACGGAGCACGGCGCAGUCAUCCUGGCCACGGGCGGGUUUGGCGCGGACUUUACGAACAACUCGCUGCUGCGGCAGGUGGAGGAGCAGUGGCGGGCGCUGCCCAUGUGGCGCGACAUUCCAAACCUCCCAGCCCUCACCUCCUUCCCCACCACAAACGGCUCCCACACCACCGGCGACGGCAUCAAGAUGGCCAUGGCAGUUGGCGCAACAACAACAGACCUGCCGUACGUGCAGGUGCACCCAACAGGCCUCGUCGACCCAAAGAAGCCAGAUGCAAAGGUGAAGUGGCUGGCUGCAGAGGCGCUGCGCGGGUCCGGCGCAAUCCUCAUUGACGCCCGCGGAAACCGCUUCUGCAACGAACUCGGCAAGCGCGACUACGUGACUGGCAGGAUGCUCAGGUGCCAGGCCCCGUUCCGCCUCGUCAUGAACGGCAAGCAGUCGCGCGAGUUUGAAUGGUGCGUGAGUCGUUGUUGUUGUCAGGCACCAUCCCGUCUGUGCCGCCACUUCCAUGUUAACACACACACAAUAACACAACCAGCAAACAACGACAACACCGCUCACGAACCGACCAUCUGCUGUAUCGCCAUCCCGCCAUCAUCACGUGCUCACCAUGACUUCUUCCUCCUCCCCUCCCCCUCCACUGCAUGCAGUCUACUGGAUUGCGUUGUGUAUGGGCGGCUUGCCGGCUCCACAGCCGCAGCCUUCACCAGGAGCGCUGGAACCGCCACCGUCGCUGCUGCCCCUUCCUCUUCCACCUCAUCAAGCCAGGCCACUUCGUCCACGUCCACAUCGUCGUCGUCAUCGUCGUCGUCGUCGUCGUCGCUGCCAGCGUACACGAUGGCUGAGGUGGCGAAGCACAACACGGAGGAUGACUGCUGGGUUGUCAUCCACGGCAAAGUGUACGAUGUCACCGACUUCCUCGAGGACCACCCUGGCGGGGCUGCGAGCAUCGUGGCGUAUGCCGGGAAGGAUGCCACAAAGCCGUUUGACAUGCUGCACUCGCUCGACCUCCUCACAAAGUAUGCGGACGACUAUAUUGUGGGCGUCCUCGCUGGCGAUGCUGCUGGAGAUGACAUCAGCACCACGACCACAGGCGCUGAUGGCAGCAGCAAUGGCAAUGACGGUGGUGAUGGCAAGGCUGAGGGUGUGAUCAGUCUUGCUGAGGUGGCCAAGCACAACAAGGAGGAUGACUGCUGGAUUGUCGUCCACGGAAAAGUGUACGACGUCACAACUUUCCUCAAGGACCACCCUGCUGGGCCGGCAAUCAUCAUGAAGUACGCGGGCAAGGACGGCACGGCAGCCUUUGAUGCGAGCGGCCAUCCAAAGGACAUCGUCUCUCAGCUGGGACUCGAUCACCUCUGCCUCGGCGACGCGGAAGGUGGGGACCAGGCCUCAGCACCCGUGGCCGUGUCGACCGAGCGCGCAGACACCCAAAUCGAAGGCAAACCGCCGCUGUCGCAGGUGCUGAACCUGUUUGAGUUUGAGGCUGUUGCCCGCAAGUGCAUGUCGCAGCAGGGCUGGGUGUACUACUCGAGCGGGUCUGAUGACGAGAUGUCCCUGCGGGAGAACCACUCCGCCUUCCACCGCCUCUGGCUCCGGCCCCGCAUUCUCAUUGAUGUUUCGAGCGUCGACCUUGGCAGCACGAUGCUUGGCCAUCGCGUCAAGAUGCCCGUGUACAUCACAUCCUGCGCACUCGGCCGUCUCGCCCACCCGGACGGCGAGCUGUGCCUGACACGCGCCGCCGCCACCCGCGGUGUUGUGCAGCUGUGGCCAACGCUGGCCUCAUGCACCAUUGAUGAGAUGGCGAGUGCGGCAACAAACGACCAGAUUCUCUUCCUCCAGCUCUACGUCAACCACGACAGAUCCGUCUCUGAGCGGCUGAUUCGGCGUGCUGAGAAGCGCGGCAUCAAGGCCAUCUUCGUCACCGUCGAUGCACCACAGCUCGGCAGGCGCGAAAAGGACAUGCGGGUGAAGUUUACAAUGGAGGCGCCGACGGUGCAGAAGUCGGACGACAGCGCCGGAAAUGUCGACCGCAACCAGGGCACGGCCCGUGCCAUCAGCCAGUUUAUUGACCCCUCGCUGUCGUGGAAGGACAUUGAAUGGCUGCGAGGCGUCACCAAGUUGCCCAUCGUCCUCAAGGGUGUGCAAUGCGCAGAGGAUGCGCUUCUCGCAGCGGAGCGCGGGCUGGAUGGCAUUGUGUGCAGCAACCACGGCGGCCGGCAGCUUGACUUUGCCCGCUCAGGCAUUGAGGUGCUGGUGGAGGUGAUGGCUGCGCUGCGUGCGCGCGGGUGGCAGAACAAGAUGGAGGUGUACGUUGACGGCGGUGUUCGUCGCGGUACAGACGUCCUCAAGGCACUCGCCCUCGGCGCAAAGGCCGUUGGCAUUGGUCGCCCCACGCUGUACGCCAUGGCCGGAUACGGAACAGCCGGCGUUGAGCGCGUCUUCGAGAUUGUGGAGGACGAGAUGAUCAUGGGCAUGCGGCUGAUGGGCGCUCAGCGCAUUGCAGACCUCAAGCCGUCGAUGGUGUGCACAAAGAGCCUUGCUCAGCACAUCGCCCCUGCCCCGAAGGACAGCCUCUCCGAGUACGUCUACGAGCCUCUCAACACCAUGUCCAAGCUCUGACGUCGUGUUGUGAUGUGAUAUGAUGUGUGACAUGACAACACACACACACACAACACAACACAACACAUACAACACACACGCACACACACGCACACACACACACACAC